UUCCUCCAUUUUUUGGUAUAAAUAACUAUUUAUAUUUUUAGGGGCUUUGAGGGUCACAUGAGGACAUCAGUUGUACCAGUACUCAGGACAAGGAUGUCACCAUUUACUGCGAUAUAUCUGGCCUAAAUACCAGGGAGAGCCAUUGCUGUACUAUGGAAAAGGACAUCAGAGAACGGCACUGACACACGAUGUGUAUGAAUACAAUGAAGGAAAAAGUGACUGUAUUCAGAUCAGGAUGUUCCAUGGAGAAGACGGAGAUCCUGAAAGGAAACGCAGAGCUGCACAUCCCCCAGGUCCAGUUCUCCGAUGAGGGGGAUUACACCUGUACAGUGAUAAAUACUCCGGAGAAAGAGGAGGGUAGAGUUACCCUACAGGUGUCAGUUCCUCCGUCGGCUUAUUUGACACCAAACGAUCUGACCAUCGAGUCGGGGUCAGAGAAGACGGUGACGUGUGAAGUUCAUACCUUUUACCCAAAAGAUGUUUCCAUACGCUGGGGUCAGUAUCGUAAGGGAUCAUCUGACUGUGAGCUCCUAGAGAUCUGGACCUGUGUGAAGAAUGUGCUUACUAAUUCAGACGGGACGUACAAUGUGACAAGUCUACUGACCCUGAACCCCAAGAAAGAGGAUGAUGGGAACACCUAUUCCUGUAUUAUCAGCCACCGAUCUCUGCGGACUGAACUGUCCAGGAAUCUCACCCUCACAGUGACAGAGAAACAAGAUAACACAUCGGAACCAUUAUCACGGCUGUGGUCCUGACACUUCUGUGCACAUUACUUCUGGGACUUUUGGGUUUCCUCUACUUCAGAUUUGUAAAGAAAGAUCCUCCCACUCUCUCUGAGAUCACCGGAAACAAUGAGCUGAUUGACAUGAACAGGACAACUCUGACUUGUCAGAUUAUGGACUUCAGACCCAACGACAUAGAAAUCUUUGUGUGUAUGAGGAGAUCUGAGGAGGAGGAGAUGAGGACCAUCUACACCUGGAGGUCUGGAGGUCACCCCGCUCAGGUCAGGAUAAGCAGAGAUGAUGGUGGAGGGGAUGAAGAUGUGAUAGAUAUGGAGGAGGGGAGACAACUGAUGAACGGCUCUCCAAGACACGAGGACAGACCUCUACAGCUGGAGAUGAUUCCUAUUAUCAGUAAGAAGAAGCUUGGAUCAUGCAACUGUCAGUGUUCUCUCCAUAUAACUCCCAGCUAUGACCUGCAUAAAGGAGCGGAAUUAUCUGUCCAUGUAAAACACCCGGCACUGACAUCUCCGACCUCGGUACGCAGGACACUCAACGUCAUCGGAGUUCCUCCCAAGUUGUUGUCCAUCAUGUGCCCAGAACGUGUCAUCCAUGAGGAGCAGCUGACACUGACCUGUCCAAUCAAUGGGUUCAAACCGCGAGCUUUGUCCAUCACCUGGCUGAAGAGG